AAUUUUUGGUACCAAUCUUCAACCUGUAAAUCUAUAUAAAUAUCAUUAAUUGUGAAAGGUUUUAAUUUGAAGAUGGCAAACAAGUGUAAUGCUAUUUUGUCCCUCCUCCUCCUCCUCCUUGUUGGAACAUCACAUGGAGGUGGCAUAGCUAUAUACUGGGGACAAAACGGCAAUGAAGGAACCUUAUCUCAAGCAUGUGCCACUGCCAAAUACUCCCACGUUAACAUAGCAUUUCUCAACAACUUUGGCAAUGGCCAAACCCCACAAAUGAACCUCGCUGGCCACUGCAACCCCUCCAUCCUCAAUUCAUGCACCAAAUUCAGUGCUGAAAUCAAGGAUUGCCAGAGCAAAGGGAUCAAGGUAUUGCUCUCCAUCGGCGGUGGCAUCGGCAACUACUCCUUAUCUUCAAUUGAGGAUGCAAGAAAUGUAUCAAAGUUUUUGUGGAACACUUUCUUGGGUGGCAAGUCACCUUCACGGCCGUUAGGGGAUGCUGUUUUGGAUGGCGUAGACUUCGACAUUGAGCUCGGGUCAACCGCAAAUUGGGAGCACCUGGCGCGGUUCCUCAAGGCUUAUAGCCGAAGAGGAAGGGAGGUGUACCUUGCUGCUGCUCCUCAGUGUCCAAUUCCCGAUAGGUUUUUAGGGACUGCCCUUAACACAGGGCUCUUCGACUUUGUUUGGGUUCAGUUCUAUAACAACCCUCCUUGCUCUUAUGCCAACGGUAACAUAACUAAUCUUCUCAAUUCUUGGUCACGGUGGACGAAUACCGUUCCCGCAACCAACAUAUUCUUGGGGCUGCCGGCUGCUCCGGCUGCAGCCGGGAGCGGUUACAUUCCUCCUGAUGUGUUGACUAAUCAGAUCCUGCCAGAGAUCAAGAAGUCGCCCAAGUAUGGAGGGGUGAUGCUUUGGUCAAGAUUCUAUGAUGUAAAGAAUGGGUACAGUGACUCCAUCGUUAACAGCGUGUGAAUGUCAAGAUUUAAGAGUAGUAGUUACAAUGAAACAAUUAUUUUUAGGUGAACACUCAAGUGCAGUCGAUUUCACAUGAAG